AUGAAUUUGUGGUAUAUCAUUGUUACAAUCAUCUUCUUUGCAUCUAUAAUCGUUGCAAAGAACACGAGAAAGACAAAGAAAAAUCUACCUCCUGGACCACCAAGACUUCCUAUAAUUGGCAACUUGCACCAAUUGGGCUCGAGACCUCAACGUUCCAUGUUCAAAUUAUCUGAAAAAUAUGGAUCUCUAAUGUCCCUCAAGUAUGGAAAUGUGACUGCCGUUGUGGCGUCAACUCCAGAGAUGGUAAAAGAAAUCUUGAAAACGUUCGAUGUUGAUUGUUGUUCACGUCCUCAUAUGACUUACGGUGCAAGACUUUCAUACAAUCGCAACGAUCUCGGAUUUUCUCCAUAUAGCCAAUAUUGGAAGGAACUACGAAAGAUGACUGUGGUCGAACUCUACACCGCGAAAAGGGUAAAAUCAUUUGGACAUAUCAGACAAGAAGAAGUUGCCUCUUUCGUUGAUUUCAUCAAACAAUCCGCCUCACUGGAGAAACAAGUUAAUUUCAACCGCAAGUUUACGAAUUUGUCAGCAAGUGUGAUUCUUAGACUUGGAUUUGGGAUGAGUCUUGAAGGGAGUAAACUUGAGAGUACUUGUUACGAAGUUAUUCAUGGGAUCAUGGAGGUUGCUGGGAGUUUCGCAGCAGCAGAUUUCUUUCCCAUUGUUGGGGGAUUAAUCGAUAGGCUCACAGGGUUACAUGGCAAAUGUGAGAAGGUUUUUAAAGCUAUGGAUGCGUUUUUCGAUGAAGCUAUAAAGCAUCAUUUAGACGAUGAGAGUAUUAAAGAUGAUAUUAUUUCAUUGCUCCUCAAGAUGGAACGGGGAGAGAUUGGACUUGGAGAGUUUCAACUUACUCGAAACCAUACCAAAGGAAUUCUUCUUAACAUUCUUGCUGCUGGGAUAGACACUUCUGCCCAAACUGCAACAUGGGUGAUGACACAUUUGAUUACAAACCCACGAGUUAUGAACAAAGUGCAAGCCGAGGUGAGAGAAGUGAUCAAAAACAAAGACAAUAUCACAGAAGAAGAUAUAGAGCAACUGAAGUACUUCAAGAUGGUGAUUAAAGAAACACAUAGGAUAAACCCACUUGUGCCACUUCUAAUUCCAAGAGAGACGUUAAGAGAUGUUAAGAUUGGAGGUUAUGACAUUCCAAAGAAAACAUGGAUCCAUGUCAACGUUUGGGCUGUUCAUAGGAAUCCAAACGUUUGGAAAGAUCCAGAAGCUUUCAUCCCUGAGAGGUUUUUGAACAAUGAGAUCGACUAUAGAGGUCUUAACUUUGAGUUAUUACCGUUUGGUAGUGGAAGGAGGAUGUGCCCAGGUAUGGGUAUGGGUAUGGGUAUGGCUUUGGUACACUUGACUCUUGUCAAUCUUCUUUACCGUUUCGAUUGGGAACUCCCGAAAGGAAUGGAGGUAAAAGAUGUUGAUCUUGAAGAAUCAUAUGGACUUGCUUGUCCUAAAAAAGUUCCACUUGAGCUUAUCCCGGUCAUUACCAAGUGGACUUGA